UCUGCUGAUAGUCUGUAUGGACUCCGUAUGAGAUAUAAUGAUGCAUUAGAAGUGGAUGAGAAGCGGUUCAUAUAUAUAUCUUGUAUAUCUUGUAACCUACACGGUCAGCCGAAUGUUAGUAGGGUCCUCCCAGGUUGACUCCUCGAGGUUUAAGAUAGCUGCAUAACCCAAACAUCGAACUCAUGGCUUAAAAUGCCUUUUUAACACACCAGUGCUGGCAUGAUAAACUUUUUUCCCUUUAUCCAACGAGCUCACUUAGGUGAUAUCCAUGUAUCCAUUUAGUUUAUUCAACCGUUCAUUCAGGAAGUAUGCCUACAAUGUAGGCUACAUGCUUUAGCUAAGGUUCCCACUUUAGCUUUACUUUUGUUUUUAGAAUUUACCUCUUAAACUUUUAUUUUCCAGUCGAACACAAGUGCAGGCACACAUUAGCAUUAUGUUGCACCUGUUAACCCACCGACACGACACAAACGAACACACUGCUGUGACCGUAGACUGCUACACACACACACACACGCACGCACGCACACACACGCACGCACACUCCCCAGUCAUAACUGAAUGACGGCAGGUCGCUAUGGAAACUGCGUUACGCUCCGGGCGGCCGGAGGAGAAAACAAGAGCGCGAGGACUCGUUUCAGUCUUCGUUUUCAGCACCACGCGAGCUCCUGGACAGCGCCCGGAUGAACUCGCGCACAGACUCGAGCCCCACAUGCCUCAUAAGGGACAGAGCAGCAUCAGCAGCGAGCCUCGCCGGGGCGGGUAGGUACCUGAAAAGCAAAACAAACCCACGUAGAAGAAGAAGAGACGCACACUCCCCGGACCUGAAGCUUGGUGGAUACUCCUCGAGGUUUAUUUCUACAGGAGCCGGUCGCUCCCUCAAAUGCCACAGCAACAGGGCACCAGCAUGUCGGAAACCAAAUCCAGUCAGAGAUUCCACAGCCUGAACACUGAGCAGGUGGAGGUUCUCCAUCAGGUUUUGUCGGAAGUGGUUCCGAUCCACGGCCGUGGGAACUUUCCUACGUUGGAGCUGCGUCCUCGAGACAUCAUCAUAGCUGUGCGGGCCAGGCUGCAGAAGCAGGGAAUCGCAGUGAGAGAUGUUCGUCUGAACGGCUCCACAGCCAGUCACGUCCUCGUCCGAGACAACGGGACAAGCUACAAGGACCUGGACAUCAUCUUUGGAGUCGAGUUGCCCAGUCAGGAGGAGUUCCAGGUGAUCAAGGAGUCAGUUCUGGGCUGCUUGCUGGACUGCCUGCCUGCUGCGGUCAACAGGGAACGGAUCAGCAGUGCGACAAUGAAGGAGGCCUACGUCCAGAAAAUGGUCAAGGUCUUUAAUGAGCACGACCGCUGGAGCCUCAUCUCCCUCUCAAACAACAGCGGCAAAAACCUAGAGCUCAAAUUUGUGAGCGUGUUGAGACGGCAGUUUGAGUUCAGCGUUGAUUCCUUCCAGAUUAUUCUGGAUCGUCUUCUUGAGUCCUACAUGCAGCAGGAACCACAGCACAAAAAUAAUACUGUUGAUCUUAAGGACCAGCCUAAAGAGAAGAAUAAAGACUCUUCCUCUCUGCUUAAACAGGCCACUGCUCCAGAAACAGAGACGUCUUCUGGUAGAGACUUAUCCAGCAAAGAGGAGGAUCAGAUUAGCCAGACACAACAGGAAGAUGAGGUGCAUGAAAAGGAGUCCCAGACAGAACUCUCACAACAAACAGAGCAGUCAAACCAGGCAGAACAUUUCGAAGUUGAAAAAGAAGACAAAGAGAAAACACCUCCAGAGUUGAAAGAAGUUUCAGAACACACGGAAAAAAUCACUGAGACAGACUGCUCUGACCAGACAUCUCUCAACCUUUUGUCAGAUAAGAAACAAACCUCUGAGGAAGAUGAUCCAUCAACUCAGACUGAACUCAGACAGGAACCAGAGCUCACAGACAAAAUCAAGGUAGAACAGUCAGAGCAAAGCCCAUCCUGUGAUGGCCAGCAACCAGCACAUCCACAUCACAAAGAGCUAUCUGACCACACAAACCCCCCAGAUGAACAGAAUGAAGUCACGGAGCAGAUGGGACAGUCUGAGCCACCAGAAACCUCAAACGAAAACCAGACAGAGUCUCUGAACCUGACAGAAGAACAGCGCAGUACAGACUUCUCUGAGUGUUUCGGUGAUGAUCAGAUACACAUUGAGAAAGAUGAAACACAACAUGUGUCUGCCCCAGACUUGAACACAUCUUCACAUGCAAAGAAUGAAGCAGAUUUGGCAGAUGAAAGAAAAGUAGAAGCAGAGACAGAGAAGGAAGAAGAGAGGGAAAAUGAUACAGAUUUAAGUGAAACAACAGAGGAGAUUUUAGCUUCAGAAGCAGAAAAUAUAGACACACAAGGUAUUGAUUGUUCCUGCUCCACCUCUUCCAUAUCUCUUUCACUUCACAACAAACAGCCUACUGGCACACAGGAUACACUGGAGAUUCACAGCACACUACACACAGAUAAAACACCUACCACACUUGAUGCUGUCGGCCCUCCAGAUACUCAGGAUAUUUUACCUGCACCAUCCAGCCUUGUUUCUGAUAAAAAGACCUCCUCUUGUAAGGCCUCAGAGAGGCUAUCUCACAUGGUGGUGCUCAAACACUCCUCUCCCAAACCCCCACGGAGAAUGUGUAGGAAGGUUACCCCCAAUCAUCACCACAGUCCAGUCUCUGAAAACGAAUCUGGCAUAGUAUUUUGUCAAGAUCCAAACCCCUGCCCCGGCCUUGAACCUGAGAUAGCCUUUAGACCAGAGCCAACACCUACCAGUUCAGACCCUCCAACUGCCCUGACAACUAGUAUCUCUGCAAAAACAAACCCUGGGCCUGAACCCAACCCAACCAGUGAUCUAGCUUCAAGCCAAAACCUUACCUCAGCUCCUGAUCCUGCCCCUGAUAUAAUCUCCACCCCUGAUGCAGAUCCCACAUCUGCUUUACCUCAAGAGCCAUCAUCCCCUGAGAUAAACACAGAGAGUUCAUGUGAGAUGAGUAUUCAGAGCCUGGAAGAGACACCAUCUACACAUAUGGCUUCUGAUGAGCCAAGCCAGUCCACCCUUAUAGAAACUGUCCCUGCACCCAAACAAUCAGAGCCUCUUGACUCAGUGAACAUGUUAGUUUCACACACUGAUGCAUCCAGCUCAGACACCCAAGAACCUGUACAUACCUCUGAAGUUGAGCUCAGCGACGAAGAUGAAAAUGGAGAACUAGGGACCAACUGUAUUGACUUGAAUCAGCUAAACGGCAGCCCACAAGAGACCACACUUAGUUCACCCUCCUCCUCCCACUCUGUCACACCUCCUGCCUCCUGUCUCACCCCUCCUGUGCUCAGUCUUUCCCCUCCCUGCUUUAGUCCCUCUCCUCCCAGCCUCAGCCCUCCCCCAUGUCUGACCCCACCGUCUCACUGCCUCUCAUCUCAGAUGCUGAGUAUUGUCAGUUCUGCUACCAGCCUCAGCUCUCCACCCCUGAGUAUCAGCCCUACCUCUUCCUGCCUCAGCUCGGCUCCUUACCUGACCCCUCCUAUGCUUAGCCUCAGUCCUCCUCCACUUUCUCUAACCCCCCCUUCCCCCUGUCUCAGCCCGCCCCUCCUCUGCCUCACUCCACCAGUAGAGUCAGAGGACCUCGUACCUCAGGUAUCUUCAGACAUAGAGCCUUUGAUACUGAACAGUGAGGAACAGAUUAAAGAGUCCUCCUGUCAGUCAGGAAUUCCUCUCCUACAGUUGGAGGAUAAAAAGGAACAAGAUUAUAUCUCAUCAUUGCCUCAGGUUGCAGAGCCUGUUUCUUUUCCAAUCACAAUCCCGAGCUCCACCUCACCUGUGCUGCCUCCGUCUCAGUCGGAAGGCCCAGAGGAAUCGCCCCCCCCAAAAGCCGAUGAGGCAUCCAGCUCUGUGCCUGAGAACAAAGAGGUCCCUAAGGUAACAGCAGACGUGACUGAGCAGAGCAACGAUCCUCAGGCAUCUGGCUCAGUCCCUGCUGUCGAAGUCCUGGCAGAAAGCAUGUACGGUGACUUUGAGGCAGCCAUGGACCACCUGCGCUACCGCCUAAUCGCUACCAGGAACCCUGAGGAGAUUCGAGGUGGUGGCUUGUUAAAAUACAGCAACCUGUUGGUCAGGGACUACCGACCAGCCAGCGAGACUCAGAUAAAGACGCUUGAGCGCUAUAUGUGCUCACGCUUUUUCAUCGAUUUCCCUGACGUGCAGGAGCAGCAGAGGAAGAUCCUGUCCUACUUGAAGAACCACUUUAUCGGUGAGGAGAGAAGCAAGUACCAGUACCUGAUGACACUGCGUCGUGUGGUUGACGACAGCACAGUUUGUCUGAUGGGACACGAAAGGCGUCAGACUCUGAACAUGAUCACAGUGCUGGCGCUUAAGGUUCUAGGAGAGCAGAACAUUAUCCCCAACACAGACCAUGUGACAUGCUUCUACCAGCCUGCCCCGUACCUUGCCGAGCACAGUGCCCCCUAUUUAGCAGAACCUAGCUACUGCAGCUACUACAUACCCCAAGGGGGAUCCACUCUGCUUUACCAACCGUACCCCUUACACCUGCACACACAAACUGGACUUGUCUGACACACACAAGCAUACUCAUGAUUAUACAAAACACGCAGUUGAGCACGGGAAGGUGCUUGCCAUGUAGAAAGUGCUGGAGAAUGGAAAUAUAAUCCAGGGAUAAACUGUUUGGUCUAUAAUAGACCUAUGGGGGUGGGAUUGAGUGGGUUUUUACAGUAAACUCCCAGAGCACUCUGUAUGGUUCUAACAUGAUUAUAUUUAAUUAUCUGGGCUUUGUGGGAAAACAAUAAUUCUUCCGAUAUUGUUAAAAAUUCCAGAAAAUGCUGUAUGCACUGCAUGAGUCAUAGCCCUUUGGUCUCCCUAGGAAACCAACUGUGCUGUUGACAUUCACAGCCAUGCACGGGCACACAUAUGCACACACACACGCACACACACACACACACACACACACACACACACACACACACACACACACACACACACACACACACACACACACUUCCAGGUUCUUGAAUUCUUGUACACUCUUUUCAUGUUCUUACUGUGUCGUUCUUAAUGGGUUUGUUCAGAAUGUGGACCUUGCCUGUGGUUGAUAUAUUGUGCAUGGAUAAAUUAGGACUGUUCUCUCACUGCCAAAUACUGUGUGACUACUAUGCUUCUUAAACAGUUUAAUGUAACUUUGUUAAUCCUUUACUGAAGGGGUGUAUUCUGAAAAAAUACAGAGGGGCAACUCUA